CUAUCGUUGGUGAUGAAAAGUUUGGAGUUCGAUUUGCAUGCAGCCACUGCCGCCGAUGAUUUCUCAGCAUUCGGAUGUGAAUUAUUCUCAUCGCCAGCCCCAUCGUGCAACGAUGAUUCGGAAAUGUGUUGCAGCAGCAGCAGUACCACUGAAGAGCAGCAGCAGCAGCAAACGCUUGCAGAAAGUACAGGGCAGCAGAGCAGCAGUAGUAGUUGCGAUAGUGGGAUAAGUUGGUUUUUUCCGGAUCUGCAUCGCUCGAACACGGAUCCAGGAGAAUUUGCUGCGUAUGUGGAUGAUCCCGUUUCGAAUUCGGAUUAUCCUCCUCCUCCUGAUUCAGGCCCCGCUCCUGACCCAGGUUGUUUGGCUCCGAAUGAGCAGCAGCAGCAGCAAACGCUUGCAGAAAGUACAGGGCAGCAGAGCAGCAGUAGUAGUUGCGAUAGUGGGAUAAGUUGGUUUUUUCCGGAUUUGCAUCGCUCGAACACGGAUCCAGGACAAUUUGCUGCGUGUGUGGAUGAUCCCGUUUCGAAUUCGGAUUGUCCCCAUCCUCGUGAUUCAGGCCUCGCUCCUGACCCAGGCUGUUUGGCUCCGAAUAUUGUCACCAGUGGUGGCGGUGGCGGCGGUUGCGCCAGUGCCAACAACAAUUCCGCUCAGCCGAUUUUAUGCAUUUUAACAUCGCCAGCUAUGCCUACAGCAAUACCUCCCACUGUGCACUGUGGGAUUGGCGAUGGCCAACAUACUACUACAGGCAUGUCGACGAGAAAUGAUUAUCAGGAACUGGAUCGUAAGAAGGAAGAUAGGAAAAUGCGAAAUCGAUAUUUCGCACAAAUUUCACGUAUCCGAAAGAAAAAGGUGAAUGAGACCCUAAGGGCGAGUAGCACGAAGCAAAUCGCUACACAUCAUUUCGGGACAUCAAGGGCCACAAUUGCUGGUGCUGCUUGCUUCUUCGCCCUAAUUUCACUCUCUUUCUUCAGUAGCAGGUAG